AUGUCCCAUCUUAUGGGUGACAGUAAUCAGGGCAGUGGCCGGUCCGCUCCCUCGAUACGCACACCUCGCAACAUCAUGGCAGACCGUCUUGCCAGAGAAGCCAGAAGAGAAGCAGAAGCCAGUCGCCAGAGAGAAGGCGAGCAGAGAUCGUCAGACCCGGAACGCAGAAGAGCUGCUGCUGCCGCCAUGGAGCGCAUGGCAGGCCAGGAUGCCGCUCCAUCCUCGACUCGUUUGUCAGAAGACUCUCGAGGUGGCGUCCCCUCCAGGCAACGAUCUCAAUCUCAAUCGGCGCAGCAAGGCCACAAGUCACAACCCACGCCUGGACACAGAAGAUCUCAGACGAUCUCACAAUCUGAAGCACGCGUAUCAUCAGCGCCCAACCCUUCACAGUCCGGUCAGCCCAACGAAGUCGAAUCUGAAGACAUGCCACAGGCAGGCACUCACUCGUCAUUCCCCCAUGCGUUCGAGAGAUGGGAGAUGUUGUCAUCACACUGGGAAGGUCUCACCUCAUACUGGCUCCGUAAGAUUGAGGGUAACACUGAGGAGAUUCGCGGUACCAACCCGUCUGCCGCUGCGUUGCAGCGUCAGAUCCAAGAUCUCUCGGCCGCCGGCGCCAAUCUUUUUCAUGGACUGGUCGAGUUACAGCGUCUUCGUGCCAGCUCUGAGCGCAAGUUCAAGAGAUGGUUCAACGAGAUGAAGGCCGAGCAGGAAAAGUGGCAAGAAGAUCGUGCGGAUUUGCUGGGUCAAAUCAAUGCCGAGCGCCUACUCGUACAGUCAGCAGAGCGCACCAUCGAACAGAAGCAGGCGCAAUUCCUGCAGGAGCAUAAACGCGCGAAUGAAGACCGCAGAGAAUUGGUCAUCGCCAAAGCCGAAGCCAGACGUGCUUGGGAGAGUCUUGGUGAUAUGGAGGCCACGAAUACGGAGAUCAUGCUCAACCUACGUCAAGGCAUCCCCACUAACAUCGGAGGUAUUCAAGUCGUCCCUAUGCAUGCCGUUAACGACCAGGAUCACCAGCGUCGUGAGCGUCCUUCCACCACUGGUGCCAACGUUGCCGACAGCUCUCAGUACCAUCAGACAAGAUCCCAGCAGUCUCCCCAGACUCAACAAGGUCAACAACAGUACCAGCCCAUCGUUCCCGACAUCCAGUACCACGAUGACGAGCCAUCGCCUACAAACACCGAUCCCUUCACUGAGUCUGUUAGAGCUGGCCAGCAAUUUCACCAUGAGCCUGAGCUUCAGCAAAUCGAGUCUGAUGCCCGCCAACCUUACCCUUCUGGAAGCACUCCCGCUUCGACCUCAACUGCCCGUACCGCCAUCUCCCCUCAUCACCAGCGCCGCGAUUUGUCUCCUCAGGGCAUCUCACCCCUUUCGCCCAAUGUCACUACCACCCGCCCCGUCAUUCAGCCUAGCCAGGCCGCUAUCGCAGGUGCAGUCAAUGAACAGCCCGAGCUCUUUUACCAGCAGCCUCCCGGCAAGGUUUACCUUCACUCUUCGCCUGCAAGCGGUACUGCGCGCUCCAGGACUCCUGCCGCUGAACCAGUCCAAGUUACCCACGAUCUGGGCUCGCGCCCCUCGUAUGAAUCAGACACCACCGAGGGUACUGAGUACGAGAUUGACGAGCAUGGCGUUGUCCGUCGUGAUGCUCAGGGCCGUCCUGUCGUCUAUCGCAACCCUAACCGUGGCCCUGGCCAGAACACCAGCCACGUCUCUUCCGAGGAAUACGACACUGCUGCUGAUGUCGCCCAUGAACGCGAGCUUGCUGCUCGUUACGGCGUGGGCAUGCCUCCUCCUCCCGUUCCUCGCGCACCCACUAGCAGCGCCGAGGCCAUGGCUUCUUUCGCCACUUCGACUGCCGAGGAUGUUGAACCUGCUGGCUACCAUGGUGUUGAGCCUGCGGACUAUGAGGGCGCUGGCUACGGCAGUGAUUGGGAGGCUCUUCAGAGCAGACACCAUCAUCCCACUCGUCUCUCAGACGUCCUCGAGGAAGAUGAACGCAGUCGCACCACUGCUGAGUAG